CUGGCGUGGAGUCGCGGUUUAAUAAAAUGUGGUUGUUGCCGCUUGUCUUAAGACCUCAAGCACUCUCGUCUUGAUACACGUCUAUCACCAUGCAUCCACCGCGAGCCUCCAAAUACGAGUUGAACUUAUCAGAGUUACGGACAUUCCAAGGUCUUCCAGAUCUCCUACCUCACCAAGACCUACAAAACUGCCCAAUCUGCCUCGAACCAAUACUAUCAACAUCCGUCCUGCGCGAACUCCCCUGUACACAUCUUUUCCACCAGUCUUGCGUCGACGAUUGGGUGUGCAAUUUCGCACCCAAGUGCCCUAUAUGCCGCGAAGCGUUCUACUACCUGCGCCGUCUGCGGAAGACGAGCCCGGCUGUCGUUGAGAGUAGACGGACCUCUUCUUCGUCAGCUACAACUCGGACAGGGAGUCAAGGGGGUGAACAUGUUCAUGGGGCGUUCUGUUCGCUUAAGCAUUGGUGUAAGAAGAGGUUGGGUGGGCAUACCCAGGAAACGACAACAACUACCGAUAGCAGCCAUGCUGAGCAGAGGCAACAGGUGAAUUGAGAGUGGUAGUUAUGGUGUUUUUAUGUUGUCUCUGGUGUUUGGUGUUUAUGUCCUAGCCUGCAUAUUUGUAUACCCAGUUGAAUAUUCUUUCUAGUAUAUAUCAGAGUAAAUUGUCAAGGUGGUUAUGCGGCUUAGCAUCUGCCCAACGGGGCAAUAAGAUACUUACCCACGGCUGACCACAGUUAUCCU